GGUAUUACCGGAAACAAUACUUGAUGAGUCCUGGAACCUGAGUGGAGAAGCAGCGAAAGCAACUUUGUUUUCGCUUGUUCGAGGCGAUCGGCGUUCACGCCAAAAGCUGCGGUCGAAUCUGCAAAGGUGAUCGAGAAAACCGUGCCGAGGUUUGAACAUAAAUCGAAAAAGAACGGAGGCGACAAAUGUCGAACCCUCCGACUUCGUCGCUCGUGAGGAUUGUUUGCCAGUAAGCUAACUUAGCUAAGUGUUCGAGUUCAAGUGGUGCAGUUGAUCAAAUUCACUUGCCUGUCGAGCCAUGUAGCGAAUUCCGAUGUUUCAUGGGACGUUUUUGUGAAGAGCAAGUGCCGCCGCCGUCGUCGUCCUUGUCCUUCUUUCCGACCCCCAAAAACGCUUUCAGCCCGGCUUUGGUGUCUUUCCACUGCGACUCGAGGCUAACUUCGCACAGCUGCAUAAGAGGUUGACAAACAUAGCAAUGAAUAUUACAUUUCAAGCAAACAUUUCCAAAAGUCACUUGAGUCAAUGAGAAUAGUAACCGUUCGUGUGUUCUUGGCAAUUUUGUUGACGCAGAGAGCAACGCGCACAUUUUAUUGUGCUGUUCAUAAAAGGAAGUGGUCCGACUGCUAAAUACUUAAAGGGAAAGAUUGACGAUUCUAGUCAUAAAUGUGCAGGCAGUUGUCGCGCCAUUUUAACAUAUCUACUUGCCAUAAAUGUGUAUUUGAGGUAACCACUGUUAAUAUUAAGACAUCAAAACGAAACUGUGACUUUGCGCAACCUUUUUCUACGAAAAACUCAAAAUUGAGGAGCUGUGGGGGGAAAAAAGUCACGUUAUUGUUCCUGUCUUAGCACUGAAAAAGGCAUAUUGUCUUUAACAGCGGACAUUUUUAAUCAAUAGAUAAAACCGGUCAACAGAAAAACGUUUUUUUUCCGCUGAUUUAAGACAAUUUUGAUGUGCUGAAAGGCCGUCUCUAAACAGAGGAGUCCAGAUGCCUUGAUUCAACCUUUGCGGAAACUCUUGCAACCCUCCGCCCCAUCCUCCGUCGGCGUUUUUUUUUUCAAUACCGAAAACCUCAACUCCUGCAGAAUCGGGUGUGAUGGAGUGAGAAUGGGGCGAGGCAGCGUCAAAAGUGGCUUCAGCCCUGGAGGCUGAUGCGCCGUCUCCAUCGGCCCGCCAGAAUGCACAUAGCGUCGGUUGGCGUCAGUAAGGUCGGCUUCCUGUUUUCUCUGGUGCUCUGCGGCCUCCUCUUGUUGCUCAUCCCGGCCCUCCAACCCACGGCUCGCCAGGUGGACCUGCCCCGGCCCCGACCUCGAGUCAAGACCUCAGCCUACACUUUACAGCACAAUCGUGGGCUUCCCGCAGCGUCCGAUUCUGCUGGGGGCACAGAUCGGGCCACGGGGUUGAAUAUAAGCUCAGGACGGUCGAAUGGUACCGUUGAGACUGAACGUUUUGGGACUGAUGACUACAGGGGGACAUACUCUGAUGCGGUUUCCGUCCCUGAAGGACGAGGCCAAAUACUUCCUGGAUCUAGAUCACGGGACCUGUUGCAAUUAAAGGACAUUUUUAUUGCAGUUAAAACCACCAGGAAGUACCACAAGUCCAGACUGGAGCUGCUGAUUCAGACCUGGAUAUCUCAGGCUAAAGAACAGACCUACUUAUUCUCAGACGGGGAAGACAAAGAGCUGCAGAUGAGAAAAGGUGUAAACAUUAUUAACACGAACUGCUCCGCGGCUCACACUCGACAGGCUCUUUGCUGCAAGAUGUCUGUUGAAUAUGACAAAUUCAUUGAGUCUCAGAAGAAGUGGUUCUGUCAUGUGGAUGAUGACAACUACGUGAUCCUGCCGAGCCUGUUGCAACUGCUGUCUUCCUACCACCACAGCCAGGAUGUUUACCUCGGUCGGCCCAGUCUCGACCAUCCCAUAGAAGCUGCGGAGAGGGUCAAGAGCAAUGGAUUGGUGUCAGUCAAGUUCUGGUUUGCAACAGGUGGAGCGGGUUUCUGUAUCAGCCGAGGUCUGGCACUGAAAAUGAGUCCGUGGGCCAGUUUGGGGAAUUUCAUCAGCACCGCAGAGAAGAUCCGGCUCCCGGACGAUUGCACCGUCGGCUACAUUAUUGAGGCUCUGCUGGAGGUCAAAUUAAUAGACACACACCUCUUCCACUCCCAUCUGGAGAAUCUCCAGAAGCUUCCCACUGACAACGUGUUGGAGCAGGUGACACUUAGCUAUGGAGGCUAUGAGAAUAGAUGGAAUGUGGUCGGCAUUGUUGGAGGCUUCUCACUGGUUGAAGACCCAACAAGGUUUAAGACAGUCCACUGCCUACUAUAUCCUGCUACUGACUGGUGUCCAAAGCCCAAACCGCAUAACAAAAAAUGACUUCCACCGUAGCUUUAGCCAGCAGCUCCAAUAAGCAUUCAAAGUGCUACCGUGUUCUGCUGAGAUCGAGCAACCUCUAGCCAGGAAUUCUUCACAACUGAUGCUUUAAUUCAAGGCCGGCUCACCUCCUACCUCAUGCGUGUUUGACAUGAUUAGAAUCCUUUGCCAAAACACACCCUCGGUACAAAGCCUUAGCUUAGAAAGUCAGAGAGCGGCUAUCGGAAAUGAGCUGGGAAGUGGUUAAUGGCGUCGAGCGCGUCUGGAGCUUCUUUGACGCAAGUAUGCGACAACGCAAGGAAGAAGGACAAAGGUACCAUGGACACAAUCAUGCUAUGAUGUUUGUUUAAAGUGCAAAACAUUUUCUUCUACAGCCCUAUUUCCACCAAGCAGUACAGUUUGAUUCAGUCCCUCUUGCUACACAAUGUUUUCCAUUUCUUUCUCUUUUUAUUAUACUAUAUAUAUACAGUAAAUAUCUAUUAUAAUGAGUUGCUCAAAAGACAUGGAAGACUCAAGAAUGAGAUGACGUACUUUACACGUGUAUAAUGAAUGAACUUAAGAGUAUUAUUUAGGGUUUGUUUGUUUUUACCAGGUUGCCAAUGACAACAAAACUUGCAAGCUUUUAUAUCCAGUGUUUUUAAUGUUGUUACACAUGAUCAUAAUGUCAUCCAGUUGCGCUUUGGGUGUUUGCGUACAGGCCCACGUAUUGUUUUUUUGCACGAUUUGGACUGCGUACGUUUGGUGGGAUGCGAGAUGCUCUUUGCCAAAGUCCUUCUCCGUGCGGUCACUAAACGUGAAGUGCAUACGAGCGGGAACGGGAUCAGAGUCCAAAUUUGGAUAUCACAGAGCCGACCAAACAAUGUCAACAACGCUUUCCCUAAAAUUGGAUGUUGGAUUUUGGUCAUUUUGACGUGUGCAUCUUUAUUACCAAAUACAUGCAAAAUGUAACAUUACGUUAUGUUCAUCGAUGCAGCGUGAGCCUGAUAAUGUUUUUCUUAUACACUAUUACCUCUCUGUCAAAGUCUAGCCUGAGAUUAACUUGACGUUUAUUUUUUUUUUUGUUGUUUUUUUUCUCUCAAAGAUGCACUAGUGCAACUAUUCCAGUCUGAGAUCCUACAAGUUUUUGACCCGGGUUAGUAUAGUACGUGGCAUUGCAGGUUUGACAACUCUGGUGAAUUAUUUGGCUCCACUCCACCAUAAAUCAGUAUUUCUACUUAUUUCUUUCCAUCUAUUAUUAUGUUUUUUUUUUAUUUUUAUUUUGCACACAGGCCUCGAAUGGCAAAUCUACACGCGUGUCACUGCAGGUCGGUGCUUGGGGCUGUGAUGUGAAGUCUUUUGUCAUUCAUGUGUUAUGUUGUUUGAUUGAAGUAAUAAAACGUUUCUGUGUCAUG